GCCCUUUGGUGCAGGGGCCAAGGUAGGGCCUGAUGAGCUUGUCCAAAGACAGCCAGAGGGUGAGGGGUCCUCUGUUGCUGCCGAAGUUCGUGCUGCGCUUCGAAUGGCCAACCCGGGUCAGCAGUAUCCUGCCAAAGCUGCUACGAAUGCAAAGAUCAAAGAUGCUGAGACUAAGGGGCCACGUGCAAGCACGAAGUCUCCGGAACCUGUGGCCCGAGCAGCACGAUCCAGGGGAAAGGAGAACACCGAAGUGUCCAAGGCUGCAAAUGAAUCCCUCGAACUCAGCAAAGACUCGAAGGGAUCGGCAGCACCAUCGGAUGCAUCCAGAACUUCCUCAGCAAGUGGUUUCUAUGUUCGCGGCCGCCGAGGCCUGGUUACAGUCGAUAGCCGACCUACUUUGCAGUGGUCAUCCUCUAGCAUUAAUCAGAAGGAUGCCCGGGUGCCACUCUAUGUGGAUGAGUUCUUGCAGCUGGAUGGCCAGGCCUACGACUUAAUCUUCAUGGAUGCAGAGGCUGGGCCAAGGUUGAUGUCGUAUGGGCUUCGAGCGAUGCAAGACUACUUCCUGAAUGACUUUGUCUCGAGCUCCAAGCCUUUUGAUGACCUAGUGGCUGUUGAUGAAGCCUGGAAGCUGGGUGAGACUGUGAUGUCGUGUCAGGAUGUCAUGCUGCAAGCCUUGGAUGCAAUCGAGCAGCAGGCCUCAUACGAUGAAGACGAGUUGCCCAAGCGGAGGGCAGCAGCAGAAACAGCGGCCCAAAAAAUCCUUGAGGCGAAGGCCAACGACAACGAGCGCAAGGGAGCGGUUCAGAAGUGGCUCCAGGGGGAAAUCGAUCGCUUGGUUUGCAAGUCUCGGGAUCUUAAGGAAAAGGCAGGAAAAGCUGCUGAGAAGGCUGGUUGUGCACUCUACAAACUCAUGGGCCUUGUUCAGAAGCAUGGCUUUGCAGAUGAGUUUGCCCAGAAGCUAGAGCUGUGGCGACAGAUGGAUGCAUCCCAGAAGGUUGCUUACGAUGUGCUCACCGCAGCUAAGCAUGCUACUGUGCAGGAGACCCAGGCCGAUCAGCUAGAUGAUGCUGAAUUGGAAUCGACACAAGUCGAUGCUUCUAGGCCGGAAGAUGCUGAUAUCGAUGCUUCUACACAGGUCGAUGGCACAAACGGUGCCUCUGUAGCCUCAGUGCAAGCUGGUGCCGCCGAGCCCUCGCUUGUCCUAGAUGAUGUUGCUAUGGCAUCACAACCCGAUGAAGCUCUCGAGCUGCCAGAUGAAGCUGAGACCCUGCUGUAUGACCCCUAUGGAGGUGUGAAUGGAGAUGACCAGCAGGAUAUCGGUCUUGCUUCCGAGGAAGCACACGCAGCAGAAGGAGGCGGCCAGAAUGAUUCCAAGGAAGCACACACCGUGGAAGGGGGCGGCGAGAAUGAUUCCAAGGAAGCACACACCGGAGAAGGGGGUGGCCAGAAUGAUUCCAAGAAAGCACACACACCAGAAGGGGGUGGCCAGAAUGAUUCCGAGAAAGCACACACCGGAGAAGGGGGUGGCCAGAAUGAUUCCGAGAAAGCACACGCACCAGAAGGGGGUGGCCAGAAUGAUUCCGAGAAAGCACACACUGGAGAUGGGGGUGGCCAGAAUGAUUCCGAGAAAGCACACACCGGAGAAGGGGGUGGUCUGAAUGAUUCCGAGAAAGCACACACCGGAGAAGGGGGUGGUCUGAACCUAGAGAAGCUGGCCAUGGAUGAUAAUGCCGAUGUGCAUUCCGAGACCGGGUCGAUAGAGAUACUGAAUGACGACUCCUUCCUGGAAGCCGAACUAGCAAGGAAGAGCCCGCUGAAGCUCCAGUGCCAGCAGACGCCGCUCAUCCUGUAUAUGGAUGAUGACGAGAUCCAGAAGCUUGAGGCCAAGAAGAAAGCCAAAAGGGAACGCAUGAAGUUCAACCGGUCUCUGGAAAGUGCCAAUUGUCCAGAUGUGAUCUUGCAGAAGGCCGCCGAUGGCAAAUAUGGGACUGAAGUCCUCAAAGAGCUGUUCAAGGUUUACAAGGAAUCCGGAAUGAAUUGGAUGAACAGCUCCAUCGUGCUGGAAGCAAAACGGAAACAGAAGAACACGGUGAUGGGCUCCCGGCACUAUGUCAGCUUCGAAGACUUGAAGAAACAACAUGGACAGGACCGCGCCAUAGCGGUUCGCGAAGAAAAAAAAGCUCUUCAGCGGAUCAAUGGCGACUACCAAGUGGAUGCUCCCUAUUGGUUCAAGCAUCCGGACUGGCAGAAUGACGAGGACAUGGAAAUGUUUCUGGUCUAUGAUACGGCUAAGAGCAAUAAGACUAAGACUGCAAAGCCGAAAAAGACUGCGAAGCCGAACUUCCAAUCGAAAGCCAAUGCAAAGAUCAAAGAUGCAAAGUCGCUGCUGACAGAUGCCAAGAUGUGGGCACACAAAGUGGAUGAAGAACGGAAGAAGAAAGAAGCCGACUCAACUGUGUCACCUGAGAUGUGUGAUGGCUACACGCAUCAGAUCAACUUCUUGGUUGCGAACCUUACCGGGAAGAUUGAUUCCCUGGAAAGUGUCGUGGUUACCGGUACACAGGAAGAAAAACUCAUCACGCCGGGGAUGCAUGAGGUCGAGAAGGCCAUGGAUAAGUAUCAGUCAGGGCAAUGUGGCCACUCGGAGACUGCGGGCAAGCUCAAGUCCAUGGAGAUCAGCUAUGUUGCGGCGCAGAAAGUGGCACAUGAGAUCCAGGGCCUCGGUGUUCGACCACGGCAACCGCUGCUCGACCUCGCGAGUGCCGGAGCUUAUGGCUCCCACGAGUCCAACAUCGAGAGGGAUGUUAUGAGAAGAUCCAUGGAAGAGACUGUGCCCAUCCACUAUGUGGACGUGCCCGUCCGUGCCCGGCAUCCGACGACCAAGGAAUGGUGCACCGAAACAAGGAAAAUGCCUCUGAUCCUUCCUCAUGAGCUUUGUCUCUACUUGUACCGGCGUGGGGCGAAGCACUAUGGCAGCGACGACUGCAAAGCUGAGCUCAAGAAGUUUUGGAGGCACUUCAAGAAGUGCACCAACGAGCAGGUCGCAGCAUCCUUGAACUAUGCAAGCUAUGGCAUUGCCCCCAAGCAGUGGAUCGGAGAUCCUACGAUGGACCCUGUGGCGGAGUUGAACGACAUCGAGCCCGAGAAUCGAUACCAGCCAACCGUCCUAACCGAGAUUCGGGGGGAUUGGAAAUUCUACAAGGACAAAUGUUGCAUGCACUCCCAGCCGGAGUUCCGCCCCUGCACCCUCCGUGAUGGGGCGACUGGAUAUGCCGAGCUUGCAUGCAAAGGUCACAAUGCGACUGGGCAUAAACAUACAUGUACAUGCACCUGCCUCUAG